AUGGCGACCUCUGUGCCCGACCACCUGCGCAAGGAGAGGCCGCUGCGUCCGCUGUCCAGUGCCACGGACCUCACCGACAUCACGCACUCGACCCUGGAGCCUGAUUCGGAUCCGCAACAAGAGGGUUACGACAACUCCGAGAUCCAAAGUCUCACGCCAAGCAUCUUCGACUACGUCAAGAAGUAUGGCAGGACAUACCACGGAUACCAGGCUGGCGCCUACCCUUUUCCCAACGACGCGCCUGAGAUAGAGCGUCUGGACAUGCAACAUGUCAUCCUCACAGCUCUGUUUCACCAGAGGAAUUACCUCGCCCCAUUGAAACUCAAGCGGCCCAAGAGGAUGCUCGACAUUGGCUGUGGCACCGGCAAGUGGUGCUUCGAAAUGGCGAACGAGUUCCCAAAGUGCCGGGUGGAAGGCAUUGACUUGUCUCCGAUCCAGCCCAAGAUCUCCUGCGAAAAUGUCGACUUCUUCAUGGACGAUAUUACUCGGCCGGAAUGGUGGCGCUGCACGCAGCCGUACGAUUACAUCCACACACGUAUGUCGCUCGGCAUCUUCCACGACUUUCGCGAAAUCAUCCAAAAAGGCUUCAACAACCUCAACCCUGGAGGAUGGAUGGAAUCUCAGGAGCUCUAUCCCAAAAUAUAUUGCAACGAUGGUACAAUGCCUGCCGACUACGCGCUCCUAGACUGGACAGCCACCCAAGACGAUGCAGCUAUGCGCCUAGGCCGGCCCCUACGCAUCGCCAACAAACUGAAGCGAUGGUACGAGCAAGCAGGCUUCGUCGACGUGCACGAGGAAAUAUUCGCUAUUCCCGUCAAUUCAUGGCCAAAAGACGAACGCAUGAAGGUCCUCGGAAAGUGGUUUUACUGGAAUCUGUGCGCCGGCGUGCACGCGUGGUCAAUUGAAUUCUUUGUCACUGCUCUCGGAUGGUCGCCCGCAGAGGUCGAGGUCUACCUUGCACACCUGCGAACUGCCCUCACAGACAAGACCAUACACGCCUAUUACAAAGUUUACGUUGUUUGGGGUCGUAAACCCCGCCCCGACGAGCCACCGAGUAAAACUCCCAAACCGCCAGAUUGGCCGCAACCGCCGGGUGACGAUGGUGCCUCGUUUGUGUCUUGCUAG